AUGGACUACUGUGGACCAUUCUAUUUGCGACCGGUGCAUCGGCGGGCGGUGGCGCAAAAGAGCUACAUGGUAGUCUUCGUUUGCUUUUCGGUGAAAGCAAUACAUCUGGAGUUGGUGGAGAACUUAUCGACGGCAGCGUUUAUGGCAUUUCGUCGGUUUGUUUCCCGGCGUGGUCUUCCAUCCAAGGUCUACUCGGAUAAUGGGCUCAACUUUCAUGGCGCCAGCAGUGAGCUGAAAGAGUUUUAUGAACUCCUGAACGAACCAGAGAAUCAACAACGUAUCCAGAAUGCAGCUCUCCAAGAUGACAUCGAGUGGCAUAUCAUCCCGCCACAUGCUCCGAAUUUCGGUGGUUUGUGGGAGGCGGCCGUAAAGUCUGCUAAGCGGAUCCUGUGGAUGGUGCUGGGCAACCAGAGACUUUCUUUUCCUGAGAUGACAACGGUAUUAACGCAGAUCGAGGCGCAGCUGAACAGCCGUCCUUUGACUCCACUAUCCGAAGACCCAUCGGAAAUGAAUGUCCUUACGCCAGGUCAUUUCUUGAUUGGGGCACCCCUGACGGCGUUACCCGAGAAGGAUGUCUCCAAUCAACAUGAAAAUCGUCUGCGUCGUUAUGAACUGCUUCAGCGAUUGGUCCAGAUGCACUGGAAGCGAUGGCAUCGAGAAUAUUUAAGUGAACUACACAAUUAUGGGCAAUGUGUAUCGCCUGUUAAAAGAGUUGAAGAGGGACAGCUCAGUGAGGGAUACAAUUCCGAUCCGUACGGAAUGAUCGAUUCCGCGAUGACGCUCAUCACUACCAUUUUUUUGUAA